CACACAAACGCACACAUUGAAAACAACGUGCGCAGGAAAUACACCUUAUAAGAUGUCGUUGAAUUUCUAUGAACUUCUAGAUGUCAGACCAACGGCCACAUUUGAAGAGCUUAAGCAUAAUUAUAAACAAUUAAUACUACAAUGUCAUCCCGAUAAAUUACAACAACAACAACUAAAAGAAAACGAUGAAAAAGAACUACAAAAACGAACAGAAACUGUAAAUGCGACCAAUGACCCAAAUCUAGUGAGCCAAAAUAGCGAGAACCAUAGUAAAUUUAAUGCGAUAAACGAGGCUUGGCAGACACUUAAAGAUCCCAUAAGACGAAAGCACUAUGAUGCCGAAUUAUUGCAGUCAAAAUUUCAAAAGCAUAGCAACAUUUAUGCCCACAUCUUGCUAAAUGAAAUGCGACAAUUUGAGGAGGAAGAAGAGGAGGAGGAUGAUGAUGAUGACGACGACGACGACAACGACAACAACUUGAGGGUGGUGGAGGAAAAAGAAAACGAAUCAGACAAAAAGACGACAACGGCUCGGAGUAAAGUGUGGAGUUAUGCGUACGAUUGCCGAUGCGGCGGUCAGUAUGUGGUCGAUGGAAGAGACACAACUGGCUCUGCCAUUGGCAGUGCUGAUGAUGAGUCAGCAAGUGAAAUGAUUGUCGAGUGCAAUGAAUGUUCCUUAGUGAUUGUGGUGAAGCAACACAAAUAAAAGACGAAAGAAAAAAUAUUGUAUGAAACGCUAAACACGGGUCUUUUCUACUUCUUUUUUAUUGUCCAUUAAAAACGCAUUUCAAUUUCAAAACUUUCAAGUAUCGUUACCGGUUGGGUCAACCAUAGAUAAAAGAGGGCUUUAGAGUUACUAUAUUGAUUCGCAAUUUAACUUGAUUUCGAUAUAGUUGUGUAUGUGUGUGUUUGUGUGUGUGUGUGCCGGAAAUUGCGGGACCUUAAGAUAUACCGAAACUCUAUUAUAUCCUAUAUUAAUAUCCAUUCUGAUUAAAAACUAUAGAAAUAAGCUGCUAUUGUUAAAGGCCUUUUUUCUGUAUUGUUUUAUGACCAGUUUAUUGGUUUCUUGAACUUUGGCUUGGCUUUUCAUAAACACAUAGUGAGUCUGUCCCUUUCUUUCUCUCACAUUCUCUCUUGAUAUGCAAAACACGUUAUUAAACAACCAAACGGACGGGAGCCAACGGCAGACAAAUGUCGUUUUAUUGUACGGACCGGACCCGACCCCUUUCUUUUGCUAAUCUCAUGUCUCUUGUUUACCGAAAGUGAUGUAAGACUGAUAUUUACAUACUUAUUUGUAUGUGAAUGGUUUGCUUGAUUUAAUUUCAUUUCAGUUUCAGAAAUAUAUAUAGUAUUUGUAAUAACAAUGGAUUCCCCGUAAUUGAAAGUCGUAGGGAAACGACAUUAUACAAAGAUUUUUGAUUCAUCGAGAAGUUCUUUUAAGCCAAUAAUAACGUAUACGCAAUGUGUGCAGACUAAACUCAUAACAUGUGAUAAUAUACUCAUAUUUUUAUUGAAU